UAGACAUUUCAAUAUUUUCUUUAAUUUUUUUUAAUUGUUUUUCAAAUUUAAGACUAUAAUGUCCCUUGUAACACGUUCAACCUAUCGUCCCGUGGUGCGUUUGGGCAAUUGGUAUGAGGACAUUUGCUUGGAAGAGGAAAAACUACAAACUUUUUUGUCACUGCGAGAACGCGGUGAAUUAAUGGUGGAAAAGACUCGACGAUUGUACGAAAAUUUUCACAAAGAAAUCCAAUUGUCAACACCCAGAGACACCAUAAGUUUUGGUGAUAUAGUUCAGCUAUUGCCAGUCCAUAUGCAGAUUUGCAAUAACUCUCGCAACGCAAAAAAUUCCCCCGCUCUCUCGGUAAGCAUUAAUGAAAGAGUGGUGCGUCGUAGCCAACAAAUGAAUGAGGAAUGCGAUUUGACACUGGCGCCAUCUGUAAGGCCUUGUAUUCGCAAUUCCUUUCGCAUAGUCAGCAUUGCUGGUGAUGGGUGGGAGGAUAACUCAGCGCUCAGAAUUCCCAAAGAAGAGUUGUUAAAAUAUGGACAACCAUUUCGUUUGCAAUGUUUGGGGGGAGGCGAGCCUUUGUUGUUGUAUUCUUCACAAAAGUCUUGGGAUUUGACUUCGCCCAUACAUAGCAAUUAUGAGUCAAGGAAAUUUGGUGAAAUCAACCUAACACUGGGAUUGUGUGCAAAAAAGAACUGUGGUCCCGGCAAAUUUGUGCCUUUGGCCUACACCCAUUGGUAUUGUCAGCACCUGGAUCCUCAUAAACGUUUUGAAACCGAAGGCAAUCCCUUGCCGAGCAAUCAACCCCUGGUUAUAACCCAUAUGGCCACUAAUCGCAAUCUGGCCGCCGAAAAUCUUAAGAUACACACUUUAUUUGGUACUGAAUUCGUGGUUUGUGUGCAAAAUUAUAAAAAUAUUUUCAAACGCGAGACCUGGCAGAAUAUUUGGAUGAUUAGCAAUGGACAUCAAAUAAAAUAAUUGCAUUAAA